AUGUCCCUGCAGUGCCCUGAUGGCUUCCAUAUUGGAGCUGUAGUGAGUUUGGACCUGUGCCCCCUCAAACCUGGUGCUCUGCCUCUGUUUGGGCGGAUGGCAGUUAGCGCUCAGCCAGCCCCCACGGCAGCAUGCAGGUUUUCCCUCCAGGCCAAUGGGAAAGGCUCUUUGUGGUGUGUUGAUCCAGAGUACCGCCCGAACCUGAUCCAAGCCCUGAAGAAGCAGCACUUCCCAGCCGCACAUGCCUUCUGCACACCUCCUGCCUCCCCACCCAGUGCCUCCUCACCACCUCGUCAUCUUCUUCUACAAAGCUGCUCAUUUAAAGAGUCUGACAUUGAUGCUGCCACUGCCAUGAUGCUCUUAAACUCUGCCCCAGGGCACCACGUUGACCCAUGUAACUCUGAUGUCCCUCUGGACCUGUCCCGCCCAGACUCGGUGCUGGUGAGCAGUGACCCGAAGCAGGACCAUAACUACAGCAGCAUGGCCCUACAGCGCUGCUCGUCCCGCUCCUCCUCCUCCUCACUCUCCUCUCUAGAUGAAGAGGGCUGUGAGCGUGCUCAGUCUGUCCGCGCCGGCAGCGAGGGUUUCCACAGCGAGGAGGACAUGGACCUGUGGGACGAGAAGGGGAUGCAGCUGCCCCCCUUGCGCCGCCCCGCCCCCAUCAAGUGGCCCAUCAGCAAACGGGCACGCCACGAGAUCAAGGUGGAGCUGGACGAGGAGCUGAAGGAGGCCGCCGGAUCGUUGCUACACUUGGCCGGGAUCCGCAGCUGCACAGAGGGCUCCAAACGCAAGAGCACAAAACACCAUCGAAAAUGAAAUUUUUUUUAACCUCCAUCAGACUCCACCUCCUGUGUGACCCUUGACCUCUGCCCCCUGUCCCGGUGUGCCUCCUUCUCCUAAUCCGAUCGCUCACCUGACAUUUUCAGCCUCUGUUUUGUUUGGGAUAACCCUGUCCAACACCCACAAAUGGCAAUAGUUUCACAGUUCACACAGGAGAGCAAAGCCAUAUAGAGACUUUUGUAACUCGGGGCGAACUUCAAUGGGGGGGUGAGUGUUACGGCACUGGAGAUACCUAUCCAAAAUGACCUGCCUGCUUCUGACGGACUACUAGACUAUGAUGAUUGAAAAGAAAAUGGGACUUUUUCUAAAGCGUUGCAUGCUUCCUCCUCAAAACCUGUAUCCUCUUCCAAGUGAAUCUAUUUAAGAAGCGAAUGAGUGCAUGUUUGUAACAGACAAAACCUAACCUCCUGGGGUGAGCAGUUUCUCCUUUUUGUGCUAAAGAUGCCACUGUUUUUUGAACAUUUUGACCUUUGAAUCCUCGUAUGAGAGAUGCAAUAAUUACUAUCCACAUCAUUAACUUUUUCAAAAUACUCUGGUGGCAUAUUGAGUUGAGAAUUUUUGUUUAAUUUAACUUGAAGAGAAUGAAUGGAGUAGUAUUAAUUAUUGUUAGCGCAUUUUAUUCAGAAUUAUAACUGGUAUUACUUUGCCACUGCCAAAUUGAUUUGCAAAGUCAGCUCUUCUACUCCUCUCAGUCUUAUGUGACCAUCCCAGUGCUCUUUAAAUGAACGUCAUUUAAUUUAUUUUUGCUCACCCACUUACAGUCUGUCAUUAAUCAGUGUGUUGUUGACAUUUACUGUGCAAGCUCAAAGCAUAUACACAUGUUUAGCCUUUGCAACAUCUGUAUACCGUGCCAGAUGUUCAGACAUAGGUGAUCUAUUCUCCGUGGAUUUCUGUGCCAGCGUGUUGCAUGUUAACCCAGGUUUAAAUCUGAAAUGCUUGUCAAGUAAUCUGGCAUUAUAUCUCCUUUUCACAGUAGUUUGAUUGGACUAAACCAUUUCUUAUAAAAGAGUACAAGUAAGUGGCCACUAAGGCUAGUCUAAAAUAUACUAACUAACCUUUAAAUUACUGAGCACAAACCCAGUAAGGUAUUCCAAAAUAUGUGAAAGCAAUGAUUCAUCAAACUCUAAAAGUUAACAAAAUGGAAAAUAACCCAAAACUUAGAAGUCCUUGGAAAGCGUAGAUCUCUGCCAAAGUGCUUGUCCUAUAUCAGAAUCAUGAAGGAAUAGUGACCUGACUGGAGAAAAAAAAAAAAAAUAAAACAACCACAACAACAACAACUCUGAGCCACAAAGCUGUUAUGAGUCGUUUAAACCAGUCUAGUGUUGCACAGUUUGGACAAACCAGCAGAGUUUGGCCUCUUCCUCCUUGAACAAAAUAAGGAAGCCAGUGCUCUCUACACACACUGUGAAAUGGAGUGUUUAUUGUCAGCUGAUUGCAUGCAGUUCACUGAGGGGAAGUUGCGAGCCACUUUAGUAAAUGCCACAAUCCUCAUUUUGAGUUGCUGACACAGUGUAGAAUAUGCCAUGACACACACAACUGUACCACGAAAUGCACACACUGCUUCUUCCCCUCGGGUCAAACUAGACACAAACCACAACAAUGUUAUAAGCAUGAAUGGUGCCAUUUUUUUUCUUCUUGUGCCACUGUUCAAGGGUCAUCGUCACUGUAUUUCCCGCCAUCACUGUGUUCUUGUGAUUCAGGCAAACAAUGGCCUAGUUUUUUUUAUUAUUAUUUCAAUUAUUUAAACAGGAAAUGGGAGAGAUGGACUCUGUUCAGAGCUGUGACUUAACCAAUUUUUUGUUGGUUUCUUUCUUUUGCUAUAGAUUUGGAGCUGUAUGCUGCAGCUGUCGUUAAUUCUGGCAUACACUGGUUUUGUUUAGCUGUGAAAAGAACAAAUUUAUUGUUCGUUAAUCAUCAUCUUAUUUAUGACAUUAAUUUAUGGGGUUAUUAAAUGCAAACUUGUAUCAUUAAGGCUUACAAUAAGGCACAUACAAUAUUUCUCUCCCUGUUUUUAUUUUCCAGCAAUAUGCCUUUUCCUUCACUAUGAUGGUAGUCAUUGAGUAUUUUGCCAAUGUUAUUUGUUUUUAAUUUAACCAUAACUGCCAGGUUUUUAUGUUGUUUGUUUAGCUUUUUCUUGAACUUGAUAGAAAACAGUUGAUUAACACAUUAUCCUGAAUCCUUUUGUUGCCAAAUGGAUAUACAGCUGGGGUAUCAAAUUUUAAAUGGAUGCUUUCCCUGUGUACUGUAGACCUUUGUUAAAAGAUAAUUUAAUCAUUUUUACACUUGUUUUUGUAAGAUUUGUGUUAGGUAUUAUGACUCUAGUCUAAAGAUUAGCUCUACCUUUUAUCGAAGAAAACUGCCACUAACGCAUCCUGUUGGGUGUAGAAAUAUUGAAGCUAAUAAUUUGAAACUCGGUAAAAAGAAGGCUGCUGCUUUUUGUUACUAUUAGUAUAAUUUUGAAAAACAGAUAAGCUGUGCCCAUUUUUGAUAGUAGCACUUGCAAAAAAGGCUGUCAAUUAUUGGUGACCCUUAAUCUGCAAAUUUAUCAAACAAAAUGCAAACAACCACUUUGUUACUCAACAACAUUCAUUAUUUUAUUAUGUAGUUCUGCAGUCACCAUGGGUAUGAUGAUUAUGUACAUUUUGUUGCAUUUGACAAAGCUGCCAACCCAGUAUCAGUCUGUGUUCGUUGUCUGCCAUGUCUGUUGAAUGACACAACCUUUUGGUUUUUGUAUGCUAACCUCUGUUGAUAAAAUGUUUAUAAGAUUUAUUUUCGCCAAAGAUAUGCAAUUGCAUUAUAUAUGGUAUUACAAAAUAUUAAUAAAAACCUGUUCUUGUUA